AUGAUGACGAGUCUGUCGAAGAGCCUCCUCGCCGCAGCCGUGGCUCUCGCCGCGCUCCUCGCCGCCGACGCGACCGUGGAAACGACGUGCAAGGCGGCGGCCGGCGCGGACGCUCGCGUCGACUACGGCUUCUGCGUGUCGGAGCUGAGCAGGCACCGCGACAGCCCCGGCGCGGACGCCUGGGGCCUGGCCAAGGUGGCGGCCAACCUCGGCUUCAACAACGCCGGCGGCGCCGUCCGCGACGCGGACGCCCUGCUGGCCAGGCCGCCGGGCGCGGGCGCCGACGACGCGAAGAAGAGGGCGGCGCUGGGGCAGUGCCGCAGGCUCUACUUCGACAUGGAGCUCUCGUUCGCCGGGGCGUACGACGAGAUCAACGCGCGGGACUACGCGGCGGGGAAGGAGAUGGCCGCGGAGGCCGCGGCGCUGGCGCGCCGGUGCGACGACGUCUUCGCCGAGGUCGGGGUCCCGUCGCCGCUCGCGCGGCGCGGCGAGUACGCCGGGCAGAUCGGGGUCGUGUGCGUGGCCAUCACCGACCUCAUCAAGUGAUGCGUUCACAGCCGUGAACGAGUCUGUUUCUUUGACCUUGUACAAGGCUUGUGCCCAUGAUCAUGGCGUGAUUUCUUCGAAUAAGCUAAGGAUGCAAGAUAGAAUCAUCAUCUCUGA